GAAUCAAUGUAACCUCUAUGAGGGCAGCGUGGUCCGCGUGAUCCGCCGAUUGGAAGAGUUGAUCCGGGAGCUGGCGACCGCUGCCAAGACCAUUGGCAAUGAGGCUUCAGAGUGCCCCACUUCAGUGAUCCCGAGGUCAAUGCCUGGUAGAUACGACUAUUCCGAAGUGGAGAAAGAUUUGUACCGUUGGUGGGAAGAUGCAGGUUUUUUUCGACCUGAAGUGGCUGAGAAGGUUCCAGAUGGUGUUGAAAUGGGGAGUCAGCAUGCGUUUGAAAGUGUCCUCACACGAUUUCAUCGAAUGCGUGGUGACCGAACUCUUUGGCUACCAGGCACCGAUCAUGCUGGUAUUGCGACGCAGAUGCUCGUAGAACGGCAGCUUGCAGCUGAGGGCACUUCGCGUCAAGAAGUUGGAAGAGAAGAAUUCUUGAGAAGGGUGUGGGAGUGGAAAGAUGAAAAGGGUGGCGCUAUCGUGGAUCAAAUGCGACGCUUGGGUGCUUCUGCCGAUUGGUCGAGGGAGCAAUUUACCUUGAACGAACACAUGAGCGCAGCAGUGGUCGAAGCCUUUUGCCGGCUGCAUGAGAAAGGCGCCAUUUUCCGGGGUCAACGCAUGGUCAACUGGAGCCCUGUGCUGCAGACUGCAGUGAGUGACUUGGAGGUGGAAUAUUCCGAUGUCCAAGGCCAGUUGUACUACUUCAAGUAUGUUGUUGCUGGUGAAGAUGGUGAAGCAGAGGAAUUCAUCCCCGUCGCCACAACUAGACCUGAGACUAUCCUGGGCGAUUCAGCUGUUUGCGUCCAUCCAGAGGAUGAUCGCUACAAGCACCUCAUUGGCCGGGACGUCUUGGUGCCCAUUCAGGGCCGACGCAUCCCGGUCAUUGCCGAUGCCUAUGUUGAUCGCGAGUUUGGCACUGGGGCGUUGAAAAUCACGCCAGCUCACGAUUUCAAUGACUUCGAGAUUGGUCAAAGACACGGCCUUGAAAAUCACACGGUCAUUGGACUCGACGGGUCCAUGAUCAGCUUGGAAGCCUUAGGCUCACCGCAGUACGUCGGCCUUGAUCGAUCCAAGUGUCGCAAAGUGCUUUGGGCGGACCUUGAGGAAGCUGGCCUGACAUUGAAAGUCGAGGACCACAUGCAGCGUGUGCCUCUCUCGCAAAGGAGUGGAGAGGUCAUUGAACCUAUGCUGUCAGACCAGUGGUUUGUGUCCACUGAGGUGAUGGCACAAAGAGCUAUGGAUGCAGUGCAGUCGGGAGACAUCAACAUCCAGCCUGACCGCUUCGUCAAGACUUGGCAAGACUGGUUGAAGGAGAAGCAGCCAUGGUGUAUUUCCAGGCAACUUUGGUGGGGUCAUCGUAUUCCUGUGUUUUAUCCCACCAACCGACCUGGCAGUGACAAGUACUUUGUGGCUCGCUCGGAAGAGGAGGCUCUUGAAGCCGCUCGCAAGGAGCUGGGCGAGGAUGUAGAGCUCAAACAAGACGACGACGUUUUGGACACCUGGUUCUCGUCGGGUCUUUGGCCCUUUGCCACGGUGGGAUGGCCAAACGAAGAGGCCAAGGACUACAAGAAGUACUACCCGGCCAUUAUGAUGGAGACUGGAUAUGACAUCCUCUUCUUCUGGGUUGCUCGAAUGGUCAUGAUGGGGCUGACCCUGACUGACAAGGCUCCCUUCAAGGAGAUCUACUUGCAUGGUUUGGUGAGAGAUGAGAAGGGCCAAAAGAUGAGCAAAACCAAGGGUAAUGUCGUGGACCCGUUGGACUCCAUCGCAGAUUAUGGCACGGACGCAUUGAGAUAUGCACUUCUGACCAGCAGUGUGCCUGGAAUGGAUGUGCCAAUCAGCAAGGGCAUGCUUGAGAAUGCAAAGGCUUUUGCGAACAAAAUCUGGAACGUCGGACGAUUCAUCAUCACAGAGUAUGAGAAGACAGCUGGCACCGUUCAGAUUUCCUUCGAGAGUGGCAUGACAUUCUCGGAGGAGGAGAUCAAAGCCAUGCCUUGGCUCGAACGUGCCUUGCUCUCAAAGUGCCAGGGGCUCUGUGAAAGCGUCACAGCAGCGCUGCUGGAAAAUCGCUUUGCGCCACCAACAAAGGACAUCAAAGAGUUUUUGCAGGAAGAUGUUGCAGCUUGGUAUGUUGAAGCUUCCAAAACACGGCUGCAGGAGCAUUUGGGUGGAAAUCCCAACAGUGCAGAGGCAGCGACUUCGCAAAAGGUCUUGCUGUACCUGUUGGAGGUGUCAUUGAAACUGCUCCAUCCUUUCAUGCCUUUCGUCACAGAGGCCGUCUGGCAGCGCUUGCCUCGCAGUGCCUCGUCGCCUGACUCAUUGAUGAUCAGUCCAUGGCCCAAGAUGUCGGCUGCCCACGAUGCAGAAGCAGAAGGUUGGUUUGAAAAGUUCUGCGCAGUGACAUCUGCUGUGCGCAAUGCACGUGCAGAACAAGGCAUUCCUCCGAAGGAGCGUGUGCCUCUGACGUUUUGGUGUGCAGAAAGCAACUUCCAGGAUGCUUUGAGAGCCGAAAGCUCUGCAUUGGCUUGGCUCGCUCGCGCAGAUCCUGAGAAGAUCGAGGCGAAGGCCAUGUCCGAGCGCCCCAACGAGACGCCUUCCGGAUGCAUUCGCGUGGUGAUCUCGGACGAGAUUGAGGUUGACAUGCCAGUGCCCGAGAAGGAGAUUGACGUGGGCAAGGAGCUCCAACGCCUUGAGAAGCAACUGAACCAGGUGUCCGCUUUGCUUGAAAGCACAGAGAAGAAGAUCACACCACAGUUCAUGGAGCGUGCCAAUCCGACAGCGAAGGAGAAGAUCUUGCAAAAACGAGAUGAACUGGCACAACAAAAGGUAACCAUAUCAGCUCAGCUGGAGGAGCUAAGCGCAAAAAUACCUGCCCGUCGUGAUGUCGUGGCAGCUGCUUUAGCUUUGCUCUUUGCAGCACCCCAAGCGCGCGCUGAUGUUGGAGAAGGUGACAUGCUUCCUCCGGGUGCCAAACAAGAAGAUCGAAUCCGGAAAGGUCUUGAGGCUUGGAACAAAUUGCCUGAGAAACUGACAUCUGAAGACAAAGACAAGGAGUGGGAUGACGCCAUUGGUUUUCUCAGGCGAAUCUACGGGCUCAAUGAAGAUAUGAAGUAUCUUACUCGAGGACUCAAAGGAGCAAAGAAACAGGAGGCGCAAGAUCUGAUUGAGAACUUUCGGAAAAAGGUGAAAUCUUCGGACAAACCGGUGAAGGCCAAGGCACGCUCAGUGAGUGCUAGCCCUGGCAGUGUUCGAAUUCUUCGAAUGCCAAAGUCUGGUGCCUGCUGGGACAAAACCGGAAGAUGUCAAAGCAGAAUGGCGGCCGUCAGGCAACUCACUGUUGCAGCCGACGACAUUUGCAUUCAGCCCUGGCAUUCGAGUUCCUCCUCUUCACUCUCUGAAGAAGCAGAGGAGCUUCCGCCGCAUUCUCUCACCGUGACCAUGCGGGGCUUGGAUCCUCUCUCUGCCUACGAUGUUCGCUUGGACGUGGUUGGCUUCAAGAAGAGCACACCGAGAAGGUGCCAGACCUUGGCGGUGGCUCCGCCCUUGCAAGCUGCGCCGCGCUUGCAGUGUGCAAGGUAUGACCGGCUGCUGUUGAAAUGGGCCAGUCCCAGCACCCAACUGGAGGAGGUCACGAGCUACAUCGUGCGCUUCUUUGACACAGAGCCUCGUUGGCCGGUGAGGCAUGAGAUUGAGGUGAAAAUAGCAUCUCGCUGGAUGCCACCAACGCAGCAAACUGCCAAGUUUCUUGAAGGCAGUGUUGCAAUGUUGCACGUCAGUGCCAUCGAAGACCGUCCCGAAGAUGACAUGGAUCUCGUGAGAAAUUUCAAUUGCGAGGAUUGUCAAGAGGUGCACUUUUGGCUCACGGGCCUGGCAGCAUCGCGGAUGUACUACGUACAGGUCGCUGCAAAAACGGCCUGUGGUCAAGGAGAGUGGUCUCCAAAGAGCCAGCCCCUUUUCACUUGGCGCAAAGCACCAAAGGUAGCUCCGCCCAAACUCUUAUUCCCCUCGCAUGGGUCACUGGUUUUCGGCUUGGCGUUUGAAACCCUUGAGGAACCAAGCAAAGGGCAAGAUGAGGAGGUCGAACACUUUGAACUGCAGCUGCAAUCUUCUCAUCGAGCAGAAAAUCAAACCUUAGAGUUCUCCUGCAGCGAUGCUGCAGCGCUGGCCACUACGCUGCGACCCCAUCUUCAACUGGAUGAUGAGGAGUUUCCAUCACACGUGGUGAUCGCCAGUGGUUUGAGCAGCAGAAGUGCAUAUUCCUGUACAGCUUCGGCCAUCACACACGCUGGACGUGGCGAGCGCUCGCAGAUCACGAAAGCUGAGACGCUGGCAGUUCCUCCUGCGGUGGACCAUGUGACUGUGGAGAACACGGAUCACAAUAGUGCCACGAUCUCUUGGAAACUUUCUGAACGCACAGAUCGGCAAGAGCUCAUGCAAAUCUGUUCGCCAGAUUCCACUGAGUUUGAAGAAUGCCAACUGAAAGGCUUUCGAAUUCGCAUUUGCUACGAGCCAGAGCUGGAAACUACAGGAAGUGGCAUUCGUGCACAGCCCCAAUGGACUGAAAUUCUGGGCGUGCGUGCUUCUGCCACGGCUUCUGACAAGCCAGGUUUCUACACGCUGAAGGUCCGCGAGCUUCGGCACAGCAGUGUUUGUUUGGUGCAGGUGGCAGCAGUUGCUGUUGGCCCAGGAGAGGGUGACUGGUCGGAUUCAGCGCAAAUUUGUACAGAAGCGCUUGCUCCCGAAGUCAGAGGGCAGUUGGACAUAGAGAUGAGUUUUAGACAAAGCGCGAAAUUAAAGUGGGUGACACCCAAAGACAUUUCAGGUGCCCCAGUGCAGGCCUACAGAGUGUAUCUCGGACGCGCUCGUGACCGCGGCCGCUCUCCCGUCCGAGAGUUUGAACUACCACUGCAAGCACAAGGCUGCAGCUCACCAGCACGUGGUUCAGCAGAGGCAGACGAGCAUGGAAGCAUUUGGAUUUCCCAAGACCCAUUGAUCACUUCAAUGGAGCUACGAUGUUUGGAUCCUGACACCAGCUACACAGUCCAGGUGGCAGCACUGACUUCUCGUGGCCUUGGGGAGAGAAGCGAUCCAGGCAGUUUUACCACUCGAUCAGUGGCACCUUCUAUGGGAGUCAUUCUUCCCCGCGUGGUGAACUCGUAUCACGAUCACCUGGUCCUGGAAUGUUCUGGUCCGGUGCCUGACUGGUCGCGAACAGAAAGCAGCGACGUCUUGGGCUUCAGCGCGAGAUAUUUUGAAUGUUCGCGCUAUGGAUACGGAACCAAUGGUGCAUGGAUUACCGUGGAGAAUGUGGAGCUGGAGGAGACCGACAGCGACGUGAUCCGCUUUACUCUCAAAGCCUUACAUCCUGAGCGACAGUACGUCGUGCAAGUGGCAGCGGUUACAGCAGCAGGAAGGGGGCCAUGGUCGGAGCAGAGCGCACGGCUCAGCACGUGGUGCGUGGCGCCGCGAUUGGCCCCGCCCAUUGCCCUCAUGCACACCCAUGAUACGCUUGUACUUGGUUGGGAUCGUGAAGUCUUGGAUGAUACCUUCAGUGGUGUGCAUGACGAGAGCAUCAAUGAGUUCGUGAUCAAGGUCGCUCCAGCUGGGAAGGCUAUUCAGGCGAGGACCGUUCGUGCCUCCUUUCGCCAAGCAGUUUCACUGGCGCAAGCUUGGCAAGAUGCCGGAGUUAGUGACAGUACAGAUGGUGCAGCUUUGAUUUGCGCAGGGGGCAUGGGCUCCAACUUCGUGGCCGUGGUGCCCGGACUUUCGCCAAACCAACGGUACGUUUGUCAGGCUGCGGCAGUCUCUGCAGCUGGUCAGGGAGACUGGUCUUCGCUGUCGAUGGAGGUGAGCACAGUGCCAGUGGCUCCUCGGGUCACCGAAGCACGCGUGGACGAGGUGCAACACAAUCAAAUCCUCGUCUCCUGGGAACAUGUGCAGUUGCCACCUGGGAUCCCGCAGAGUCUUUUUGACAAGUUGGGACUCACAAAGUCCAUUGAGGAACUGCACCUGUGUGGCUAUUGCUUGCGGUCAGCCCCUUGGACCACAUGGCGAGGCCUUGCCUGGUCUGAGCCAUGGACUGUGGAGGUGGAUCCAGUCACAAUGGGUGAAGGAGGCCAGUUUCAGUUUGCUGUCAAAGACUUGGAGCCAGAGAAAAGCUACGUGCUGGAGAUCCGAGCGGUGAGCGUAAGUGGCUCUGGUGCCUGGUCGCGAGUGGGUGAGAACCCCAUUUGCACUGCGCUGGUUGCCCAGGAACCUGCUGCUCCAGAACUUGUUUAUGCCACAGCUCGUGCGCUCACAUUCUCCUUCGCCGGCGUUGAGGAUGAGCGAAUCAUCGCUUACGAAGUUCGCCGUCAAGAAGGUGCCUGGCGCAGUCCGUCGAAGCCCUUGCGCUUCGACCGUCAGUCCUUGGCUGUGCGCGUCACAUCAGAGAACAGAUGGGUGGUCACGGUGGAUCAGCUGAAGAAGGAAAGCACUUACACUCUCCAACUAAGGGGCGUGACGUUGUCUGGGGGUGUCACCAAGUGGUCCGAGAAGUCUGAGCCGAUGUCCACUUCGGCCGAUGAACACGGCCAUGAGGUGGAACUCAGCAUUGGAGUGAACGAAGAGUCUCCGGCACAACAGGUCUCAGCCGGGCCACCGGACGUGGGGUCUACGGAAUCCGUGGAGGACUUUUCCAAGAAAUUGGAAUCGGUCCUCUCUUUCACGAUUGACCAGGCCACUGCUGGUGUGCGUCUGCCAUCUGUUCGAAUUCCCUCCGUUGCUGAGCAAGCGGCAGAGUUGCUGCACGCACAUCGGAACGAUCGUAAUGCCGCUGUCAAAGCCGCGGCACGCAUCGAGGAUGACGACACUUGGCGCUCAAAGUUGCCAGACUUCCUGAUUCAGCAGGUGCCAGUUGUGGGUUGCUCCACCGUGCUUUUGCGGGAGCUCUGGCGAAACAUCCGGCGCUGUGCGUUAGUGGCCCACCUGUAUGGCCACGAUACCCGCAGCUCGGAAACGCAAGCACUGAUCCUCACCUGUUUGGUGCCUGCGGGUGGUGGCAGCCCAGCCGUGCCAGCAGUGUCUGCUGGAAGUGGCAGUGCAAGUUCGCAGCAAGGUUUUGUGAAGGCAAACCCUGCCGUGGCCAACCCUGGUUCUGUUGCCGGGCUGGAGGAUGUGGUCUCAAGCCGCAGAGUGGCACUUCUUGUGUCUCGAGCUCUGGCCAAGGAGACGUUCGUCAGAGCUACUGGUUUGAAGAGUGCGGGACAGGUGGUUGGCCUUUUAGAAGUGGCUGGUCGCCUGCUGGCGAGCAAUACCAAGGAUGCUUCAACUGAGAAUGCUGCAGCCCUAAGCAGUGAAUCAGAUGAUACCCUGGUGGCCGAUGCUACGUCUCCAGUACAAGUGUCACUUGUAGUCUUCCGGCCUUUGUCCAUGGAUGAGAGACCCACAGUGGUCCUUGGGCUUUUGGCCUUGUGGCUGCUGCCCAUCUUUGUUUCUGCUGCUCGUUUCGUGUUCAACAAGGUCUACCCACUGAUGGCACAGCGCAUGGAGCUGCCGUUGGCAGCCCUAGUGGGAGUUCUUCUGAUCAUGCAGGUUUUAGGAAUUCUGGCAGUGAUUUGGGUCCAGCAGAACUUAGAGAACUUCCUGAGCAUCCCAGCGACGUUGGUUUUCGUUCUGUACACCUUGAUUCCUGGCAUCUCGGUGUUUUUGGCGACUCGAAGCAUCUUGCAAGGGGCGCAAGAGGCGCCUUUCUUUGCUCUACUCGGGGUCUUCAAUUUAGCGAGUGGCUACCUUCGCUGGGCUGGCGAUCUUAGUGACGAUGCUGCUUUGGACCAGCAGCCGAUUCCACGCUUUGCGGCUUGUCGCGAACAGGUGACCCGCUGGCGUGAGUGGCUGUGGAUUGGCCUCCUCAUCGACUUUGUUUUAGAGGAGAUCAUGGGCCGUGUUUGUGGCCUGCACAAACUACGAGUUCUUGGGCCGCCUCUCACAAGCACACAAGCAACGCUGGUGGAGUACCGCACACUGGCAUUCGCGGUUGGCUUGGUGGCUGCACAAGCACAGGCACGCGCGCUGGUUCUGUUGCAGAGAAGAUCUGUCCUCCUCCGCCUUCUGGGUGCCCGGAAGGCCUUCAUAGGUGGCAUCACCUUGCUGUUAAUGGGAGCUUUCGCAGUUGUCCAGCAGCCGCGCACGAUGACUUUCCUGAGAGAAGUUUCUCCGACGCCCUGGUGGUGUUGCAUGGUCCUGUGGCUGAGACAGUUUGGAGCCAUUGCAGGGGCACUAGUGCCAUUGGUCUUCUACACCCUUAUUCAGCCACAGUCCUUCGGGCGGCUUUCAGUGGACACCCUGGUGCCUAUCGCAGUGUCUGUGGGAUGCGUCGCAGGUCACAUGUUCUGCCAGUCUUUCACUGCCCUGUGGCAAGAGAAACGCGAAGUGUUGGAGUCUGACUACCGCGUUAUCUAUUUGUUUCCUCACAUGAGCUCCCAGGCGAGGCAAAAAGCCUCUGCUGCGAUGCGUUUGACUCUGAAACGUGGUGCCGAGGCAACCAAAAACACAGCUGCAGAAUGGAUGGCCACGCGCGCUGUCAGGACUGGCAUGGACUUCUUUGUACGAGCCUUGUCAAGGCGUACGGCCCUACCCGUUGAUUGA